GGUAAAAGUUCCUAGCUGUGCGACAUAACCGACCAGCAGAGAGUAAAAUAUGAGUGAAAGUCAAGAUUUUGGGGACCCUUUUCAGGACAGUAAGGCAGCAUACGUGCUUAGUAAUGUCGCCGAAGUGGUUGAGAGAGUUCUCAUGUUCAUACCAACCAAAUCUCUUCUACAGGUCGCAAGUGUGUGCAGACUGUGGCGGAACUGCGCCCGCAGAGUGCUUCGGACUCAGCAGCACCUCACCUGGGUGUCCGCGGCUGGACCCUCCACCACAGAGCUCCACUCUUUCUGCAGCCUCCUGGCCGAAGAAGUGGAGAAAGUUUUCCUCCUGCCUAAAACGGUUCUGAUGAUGGUAGACUGUGAGGCCUUGAGUGGACAAGCUUAUUGCUAUGAACAGAGCAAAGCAAAAAAGAGUCGCCAGUGUUCAAACACAGCGGAUGAACUGAACCAGAUCUUCCCCAAAGGCUGUGAUGUUGUUGGCAUUGCUACACCGGGCAUUGUCUUGACUCCUACUGGUUCAUGGACCAAUCCUCCUAAGGAGCACCAGGAAGGGGAGGCAGGCUUUGCCGUCAUGCUUCCAAACACCGAUGGGGUUCACAUUAAGCCUUUUCACUUCUGUAAAAAGACAAUUUCUUUGUCCGCCAUGAAAGAAGCAGGACUGGUUGACAACCCAGAGCUACGUGUUGUUCUGAUGUUCAUCUAUGAAGCCUAUAAAUCUGGAGGAGCACGGUUCCUCAACCAGAUUCUUGAGCCGCUGACAAACAGCAAGGCUUUGAUUGCAGGAGGUCUGGUAGAAGGGGUCUUCUCUCCGUCCAGAGACUGCUGCAGCAAGGGAGCAUACGGUGUGAUUGGCCUGGCUCUGAGUGGCCGUAAAGUUCAGGGAGCAUCUGUGCUCCUGGACCAAGAAGUCGGUACCGCAAAAGAAGCAGAAGCCACGGUCCGACGGCUAAAGGCAGCCAGGAUUCCUGAGAGAAACACUCUGGGCUUCAUGUUCGCCUGUGUGGGGAGGGGCCAGAACUACUACCACAACCAGCACAACGUAGAGGCAGACGCUUUUCAUAAGGUCUUCCCUAAUACGCCGCUGUUUGGUCUCUUUGGAAACGGCGAGAUCGGCUGUGACCGGAUUGUUAAAGACGACUACACCCUUUGCAACUCCGAGUCCGACACCUUGCAGCAUGAAUACACCACCGUCAUGACCCUGGUUCACUUGGGCUGAAUAUACAGAGGCGACAAGGAAUAAGAGGAGAGAAGUCAAAGUGUCAUGCUUCUGUUGUUAAUAACAGUUUGGAGCAGCACACAUUAUGUACAAAGUAUUAUCCAGGACAUUGCUGUCUUCGUUUAUGCUUUCAAAGCAGGAUAAUAAUCCCCUCGGCCAUAAAUAUUUAAUGGCCACCCCUGGAUGAUUUCAGGUCUUGGAGACUUUGUGGUUAAAAAAUGUUCCACAGUGUACAUAAUAAAAAAACAAGUUCUGCUUGUCUUAGGACGUUUAUAUUUUACACCCCGAUUUCAGGCACAUUUAAAACAUAUUCUUCCCCCUGAGUGCACUUUUUCUUUAUGGAAGUAUAGAGAAUGAGGUUGUUUGUCCUACUCAAAAUCAGGGUAAACUUAAGCAAGUUUUGUGUCACCAGUAUUAACAUACAGACAUAUAUAUAUAAAAGUAUAUAACUUUUUUGGGGGGGCGGGGGCUUAUUUUUGGUUAUGUUUGCUUGAUUAUUCUGUUAAUUUGGCGCAGUGGUUGCAUGUCAGCCUCUGAAGCCUAAAGCAGAUUUUCAGAAAGGCUGCCACUUGGCUGUCUGAGCGAUGCUGAGCCAUGGAGUGAAAAGUUUUCUGCUUUAGAGUCAAGUUGUUGACUCUAAAACAGGAAAAUAUAAAGGAAAAUGUUUGGGGUUUCAGGGGAUCAAUAAAUUCUACUUUAUUUGAAAUUAUUUGUCCUGCAUGAUGUAUGGUUACCAUUGCAUUAUUAGUUCAGAUACACGUUAUCGAUGGCGCUCUGUUUUACAGAGGCCUCUUCAGUGCCUAGAUUCGUACUCCGUUAACUUUUUCAUAUUUUAUAAAGUUGCAAUGUAUUUUGCUGGAUGUCAUGCUAUAGACCAACAAAAUGAGAAUAAUUGUAAAUUAGAAGAAAGUGAUGCAUGGCUUUUUUUUUUUUUUUUCUCUAAUGCUCAGAAUUGGAGACAUUUAGCCUGCAUUUGUAUUCAGCCUCCUUGAGAUAUUUUCUUUGGUAUUAUUCCUGAAAGUUGUAUUGAGUGUCUACUGGUUUUGUUAAAAUAGAUUCUUAAAUUAUUAUUUGCAUCACAGCACAGCCUUAGUAAAAUGAGAUGGAGAGCUUCUCUAAAAUCAGUUUUUUUUUUUUUUUUUAAACAGGUUCUCUGUUGGAUUAAAGUCUAGAAUGUCACCUUGCCAUUCUUAAGAGCUUUCUGUAUGUUUAAGGUUAUUAUCCCAGUUUUAAAGGAACGUCAGUCCUAUGGCGAAGUCUUUGGUAGCCUCUUUAAGAAACCUUCCAUCGUUGAAUACAGUCCAACACCUUCAAAGCGCAUGCUUAGUAAUUUGUCUCGUAUAAUUAGGGCUCUUCCUCCUAUAUGUUUGUGUCUCUGUAGUGUUGUUUGCUAGCUUAACCUUGCUUUAAACUUCCACCACAUAGUUAUUAUAAUUUUUCUGGUGUGUUACUUGGUCCUUGUGACGCUGUGUGGUCCCUAAUGUUCUCUAACAAACAAUGGCAAGGUUUUCACCAGUCAGUUGCAGUUAUUCUAACAAACACAACUGAACUACUAAGGAUGACGUCCGGCUGUUGGCUCAAAUUGGUUUAAUUUAGGGAAGUUAAAGGGGCUGAAAAUAUAUGCAUUUGUUUUAUGGGUUCAAAUGUACAAGAUGUCAAAUGUGGUUUCUUCCCAGUUCAUAAUUAUUUGCUACUUUGUGUUGGUCCAUCUCAUAAAACUGUAAAAAUACAUUUGAGUUUUUAGAUAUAGCAUGACAGAAUGUGAAACAGUUGGUAGGAAUAAAACGCCAUUGUGUCUAAUAGCAUUCAGGCCUCUGAAAAUGUGUCUGAAAUUUAGGUUAAAAUCUUUUCUUAGGGCUAAGCUCUGUUGUGAAAUGGUGCAAUUUCAUUCUAAACAUGAUUCAUUAGAUUGCUUAAAAUUGCUGUUUUUUAAUUGUAAAAAAAACCUACAACAGUGAUUGUAACAAAAAAUUAUUUAAGUUCAGCAAUCCUUUUUUUUUUUUUUU